AGGCAUGCUGUGCAUGUCAUGAUGUCCUACGACAAAACAUAGCAUUCGUGUGACUUUUUCAGUAAUAUUUAGUGGACGUACCAUCAUCAAAUGGUUCCAUGGUCUAGUGGUCAGGACAUUGGACUCUGAAUCCAGUAACCCGAGUUCAAAUCUCGGUGGAACCUAUAAAUUUUUUUUUUUAUCCCGAGAGUAAUAAACAAAUUUUUCUUUGUUAAUCUUUACAAAACUUAUGAAUUUGGUGUAUAGGCGGGAUUCAAUCCCUAAUUCAAUGAGAAUUAAGACCCAAAACAAACUUUUUGCUCGCAUUAUCUCUCUUCUUUUUUCCUAAUGGAACCCGAAAUUCAACAGAAAAUCGAACAUUCAGUGCUUGAAAUACUAAAGAUGGCUGACAUGGAAGAGAUGACUGAGUUCAAGGUCCGAGUUAUGGCCUCUGAGCGACUCGGUAUCGACCUCAAUAAUUUUCAAUGUAAGAGAUUUAUAAGAGGUAUUGUUGAGUCCUUUUUGCUCUCUACGAUGGAAGUAGUAGCUGGAGAAGAGGGUAAAGAUACUGAUCCCAAUUUUCAACAAGAAGCACAAGUACUGGUGCAUGAACAACAGAAAGCAAUAUCCAAGAAGGAAUUUGAUAGCGAAGGAAAUCUAGUCAUUUGCAAGCUAUCAAAUAGAAGGAACGUGGUGAUUCAUGAUUUUGUGGGCAAAUCUUUCGUAUCAAUCAGGGAAUUUUAUUAUAAAGAUGGAAGGCAGCUUCCUUCAAACAAAGGAAUAAAUUUGCCAGCUGAACAAUGGCUGUCAUUCAGGAAGAGUGUCCCUUUGAUAGAGGAAGCCAUAACGAAGAUGCAAUCAAAGCUGAGGUCCAACCCUCAAGGUGAAACAGAUAAACAAAUCUCUAUGAUGACUGCUUCUACUCCUUGUGAACUUAAUGGGAAAAUUUCCAAUUUGGCGACUGCCUCACAUAACAAACUCAAUGGACAAGUCUCUAAUUUGAUUGACGCUUCUACACCUCAUGACCUUAAUGGACAGGUCUCUAAAUCCUUGCCGACGACUACUUCUCAUGAACUUAAUAGACAUGUCUCUGAUUCAGUAAUUAUUUCUACAAUUCAUGGAAUUGUUCCUGUUGAGAUCAACCGUUUUGAUGGGAAAAAUUAUCAGUGCUGGGCACCUGUAAUGGAAUUAUUUUUAAAGCAAUUAAAUAUUGCAUAUGUGCUUACUGAUCCAUGCCCUAGUGUUGCUAGAAGACCAGAUGUGACUGCUGAAGAAGUUGAUCAAGCUAAAGCUGCUGAGCAGAAGUGGUUUAAUGAUGACUAUAUAUGUCGGCGCAACAUUUUGGUUUGUCUAUCUGAUGCUCUUUACAAUCACUAUUCCAAGAAGACUAAGAGUGCUAAAGAACUAUGGGAAGAGCUAAAAUUAGUUUAUCUAUAUGAGGAGUUUGGGCAAAAGAGAUCUCUAGUCAGAAAAUACAUUGAAUUUCAGAUAGUAGAUGAAAAACCAAUCCUUGAGCAAAUUCAAGAACUUAAUAGUAUUGCGGAUUCUAUUGUCGCUGCUGAGAUAUUUUUUGAUGAGAAAUUCCAUGUCAGUACCAUCAUAUCCAAGCUUCCCCCAUCAUGGAAGGACGUUUGCAUGAAGUUAAUGUGUGAGGAGUAUCUGCCUUUUGGGAUAUUGAUGGAUCGUGUAAGAAUGGAGGAAGAGUCACGCAACCAAGGCAAGCAAGUGGAACCUCCAAGUUCUGCAUGCUUUGAUAAUGCCAAAAAUCUGGGACCAAGGGUUAAAGAUAAGAAGAAGCCAGGAUUGAAUGGGAAGAGACGAGAAACAGAGCCAGAUAACAAGGUGUUGGUCUGCUACUUUUGCGGGAAGAAGGGUCAUAUUUCUAAGCAUUGUCGUGAUAAGAAGUUAGACAAGGAGAAUCCAUCUACAACUGCAGUUACGGAAAAUGCUGUUGCAGAAACAAAGACAGAAAACUGAGGGUUGAGCGGCCAUUUGACGUAGUUAAUGGUAGAAGCAGGGAAAUGUAGGACACUGGAUUAAGGUCUUGAGGGCUAUUCCUUUGAGGAGUUCUGCAUUAGACUGUAAAAAUAGUUGAGUUGUCUUCAGCCCAAUUCCUGAAAGAGCAAAUGACUAACUGUAGCAUAUUAGAGUUGGUGGCAAGAUUUUCACAGGAUUAUCAUUGUAUGGUAUUACAAACUUCAGCUGUACUAUUGCUCUAGCCAGUGACCCUUCUAACCGUUGAUUUUCUUUUAGUACCCUGCUUGGACGAAUGCAGGCCUUGGCUUUUUCCUUUUUACUUAUGCAGCGAUGUAUAUAUGAGCUCUAUCUAAUCCAUAAGUUGAAUUCAGUAA